UCAUUUUAUUAUUUCAAUUCAAAAAAGUAAACAAAUAUUAAAUCGCGCCAACAUUUUAAGCCCAAAAUAUUAUUAGCUACUCACACAGAUCGAUUUGAUUUAUUCUAAAACUAAAUAAAAAAUGAAAAUUUUACUUUUUACAAUUUUAUUGCUCAUUUCAACCAACAUUAUCAAUUGUGAUGAAAAAAUUGAUAGAAAAGAAAUCAAUAAAAAUGAGAAACGGGGUGCUGUAGGUGGAAUUGUUUAUGCUACAAAACAACCACAAUAUACUGAAAGCAACCAGGCCGAUGCAUCGCCAAAUAAAAUAUAUGCAAAGCCAUCACCGAAUGUUGCAUUCUCUACAAACACAGUUUAUACACAACCUGCUCAAGCUGCAUAUACCAAAGUCGCUCAAACUGCGUCACCAGCUCCUCUGUAUACUACACAAACAGUUCAACAAGCGCCACAACCGAUUUAUGCACAACAAGCUCAAGUACAAUAUGCUCAACAAGUUCCACAACAUGCUCAACUUAUUCAAGUUCAACCAGCGUAUGCUUUAAGUCACGAACAACAGCCUCAACAAAUUGCAUACAAAGUUGGAUACACGCAACCAUUACAUCAUCAACAAGCAGGUGGACAAGCGAUACAAUAUGUUCAACAAGCAGCACCUCAACCAAUUCUAUAUCAUGCUGUACAAGCUCCAAUUCCAGUUGCUGUGGCACAACCUAUUAAAAUUGGAUAUACUCAGCCAAUUUAUCAAAAACAACAAGUACAACCAGCGUAUGCAACUUACGCGUCUGUACCAACUAAUCAAAACGCAGAGUAUGCACCUGCUCCUGUAUCUCUAACAAAAGUCGGUUACACAACACCAGCACAAAUCGCUACCUACGCAGCACCCCAACAAGCUCACGCUCCAGUCGCAGUUCAUUAUUCCCCAGCUUCAUCUGUAUCUCAAUUUAGUUAUUCCAGUCCACAUGUACAAUAUGGCUCAAAUGGAAUAUAUACUCAAACUUCAUAUAGCUCAGCAAAAUCGACAACUGCUCCACAACAACUGAAUUACUCAGCAUCCCAACCGAUAUACACAGCAAUACCAGCUCCACAACAUUUGACAUAUAGUGCGCCUGCACCUUUAACUUUAACUAAAGUUGGCUAUACGUCACCCAUUAUUAAUUACCAUUAAUUAUUUUAGGAACAAAUUUUGAAGGCGAUUAUUUUUUUAUUUUUAUUUGCAGCAUGCGAAAUUAAUGUAGCGUUGCGCGUUAAUACGAUCGUGAUUUUUUUUAUUUAGUGUUUGUACCUAGUAGUUUGUAGAUAGUUUGAUUGAAUUAAGAUCAGUUUACUGCUUAAAAAUUAAUGGCCAAUGGUUGAGCGUUGCUCGAAAAAAAAUCUCAUCUUGGGAAAUAAAAGAUACGAAAUUUGAAACGGGUGUAGCUAAUUUUUGUGGUUAUAAUACGAGUAAGCUAGUCAUCAAAACACACUAUGCAUACAUGCUUUAUUGAUUUGUUGCUAAAACAGACAGACAAAGGUUUCCAACAACUUAUAUCUCCUUUUAGAAAAUUUCAGAAAAAUGUACUAAAUUUAGAAAAUUUAUUGUAAGAAAAUUCUUGAACAGUGAGCUGUUCUUAAUUCUUUCAUUAAAUAUUUAUGAAACAAUCUCAAAUUAAGGGCAUUAGAAACAUAAUUUAGAGGCUACCUAUAAUUAUUUCAGAUUGUUUCAGAUUGAAUAACUUAUUAUGGAUGUUUCAAAUGUAGUUUAGAAUGAAUGUUUUAUUUUGAUUUUUAUAGAAUUUGCGAUGAAAUUGAAAAUGUAAGAAUAACAUCGUGUAAA